AUGCUUAUCAAACCAUGGACAGAUACACAGACGCCUCGCCACUUUUUAGAGGAUGAAGCCGACAACGAGACUCCUAAUUUGAUUCCUCACUUGUCCAUCGAGUAUGCGGGAACUAGUGCCACCACUUUAAUUAUAUGUCCACAAACCGUCAAGGUAAUUACUGAAACCAUUGGCGGCACCAAAUGUGGAGAGAUUUUCAUUAAGUACCCCGAGAUUCCAAAGAUCGUGAGUGAUUCGGUGGAAGAUGAGUAUGAUGAAGAUGAGCAGCUCUACUCUGCCAUUAUGGAGAAGUCUUUGAAGGAUAAGUUCACCGAAUUUACCAUCCCUAUUUUGGUGCACCAGAACCUGUUGACUGUAGUAGUACCACAUCAGACCAAUGCCGUUGCGAUUAACGCAUUGUCGGACAAAUUGGUGGAGUUUUUCAGUUCCAAAAUCACCAAUUGGAUAACCUUAGCACCAUGCCAAUUGAAUAACAACCAGACUUUGAAUAAAUUCAGUAUAGGCUCGGAAAGUGAGUUGGUAAAUUCGAUUCCCACAGUCCAGCCUCCACAUUUCAUCACUGGUAUUGGUGCUUCUGUGACGUCGACUUUGGCUUUGACUGAAGGUGUUAGACUUGUUUCACUAAUUCUCAAUGCCGAAGGACAACCAGGAUACGAGAAAAUCGACCCCGACUCGAUUAUCGAUGCUAGCCAUGUGGUGGCAGAACUUAUAGGGCUCGAAAGGGAUGCGUUCAUAAAGAGGGUGAGUUUGUCGGUCAGAAAAUUCAACAGCUACUCUACUUCAGGCAUGUACAUAUAA